AAAAAAAAAAAAAAAAAAAAAAACCCCACCAUCACCAAACCAGCAGCGUACUAGCUCUCAUUUUUCUUUUAUCAUAAACCUAAAGUCAGCUACUCUGCAUUCACCCAUUCCUCUGCUUCAAUGGAGGAUGUUAAAAUCAAAAGCAAAACGCUGCAUAUCUGAGUUUCCGAGUUUUGUUUGGUAUGGCGUCAAUGGAGGUUAGGGUGGUGGUGCAGCCAAUGAGCCCAAAGUCCCCACCUGGGAGCUUGGAUUUGUAUGGGAAAAGACGACAAUGGGUGAAGCUUCAGGUUCUCGAGAGAGAAAUUGCGUUGCUUCAGGAAGAGUUAAAGUCAAUUGAAGGGCUUCAACCGGCUUCCAGAUCCUGCAAAGAACUUGACAACUUCAUUGGAGCGAAACCAGAUCCUUUUAUUCUCAUAACACAAGAGAUUCCGAAAUCGAAACCUAUCUGCAAAACUCUCUGGGCGAGAAUUUGUUUGAAAUUCGGAAGGAUCUGCUGCUUUAGCUGUUCCCAGUGUAAAGUAGAAAUGUGCAACUGGUGUUUACCAUUGAACUCGAAAUGCUGGUGCUGCUGCAAAUGGACAAGUGUGUCUUGCCCCCAUUGUGGCUGCUGCUGUUUGAAAUCAGUGUUUAGAAAAUGUACAGAGGUGAAUUGUGGGAAAAACUGUUGUAAACCAUGUUGUCUAUAAUCUUAGCUUCAUUAGUUACAGUAUUUUCUUAA